ACAAAAGGAAUCUCUUACCGCGUGCACCGCGCUCCUGCGCUGUGUUCUGCGUCCCUACAGUUAAAAAAAAUAAACAAUCCUGAGACUGAUUUCAGUAAAAAUGGAAACAUUUAACAAGCUUCUGGUUGAAUAUCCUGAAUUAAUGUACAGCGGAGUCGGAGCUACGGCGGUUAUUGCAGGCGGAGCGUUGAUAUACAAGAUUGCUACCAGAAAAAGGCCCACUCAUGCAAAUGUUAACUGCUGGUUCUGUGAUCAGAACACAGUGGUGCCUUAUGGAAACAGGAAUUGCUGGGAUUGCCCUUACUGUGACCAYUACAAUGGUUUCCAAGAGAAUGGAGAUUACAACAAACCCAUCCCAGCUCAGUACAUGGAGCAUCUYAAUCACGGUGUAUCCGGAAGCCUCCCAUCCUCUGAGACACCCAAGACUCUGCAGUGGGUUAACUGUCAGAUGCUGCUGUGCAGGAAGUGUAAUAACAACCAGUCUGCAAAAAUCAAACAACUGGCUUCAUACAUCCCCAGGGACGAUGACAACUACGAUGAGGAAAUUGAGGCCUACAAGCAUCACCUAGAGCAGACAUAUAAGUUAUGCAGACCAUGUCAGACAGCAGUGGAAUAUUACAUUAAAUACCAAAACCGACAGCUUCGCACAGUGCUCCUGAACCACCAGCUUCGACGCACUCGAGAGUCCGACACGGAGUUUGUAAAGAGCGCCCAGUCUCUAUCCUCACCAACAGGGGUCAUACUGUUACGGGUCCUCGUCUUCUUCAUAUGUGCUUUUCUGCUCGCUACGUCCCUCUACGAGUUGCCAGAACAGGCUGUCUCACCGAGUGGGCCACAGACGAUAAGCGGCGGCGUCAUCCCUCCGAAGCCUCAAUCCAAAAACGAAUCCACUCCCAACAACAGCAUCAGUGCAGCGAUGUCUGCAUGGCAGAACCUGCUGGAGCUUUUCCCAGACAAGGCCUUAGAGAAUACCAGGAUGGUGUGGCAGCACGGAAAGGACAACCAGCUGGGMGUAGUCUCUGCUGGCCUGUUGACUUGUCUCACUGCUAUCUUCUUAGCAGGACCUGUGAGGCUGAGGAGAAUCGAUGCCGUUGCCUCUGUCCUGUGGUUCCUCAUGCUGUGCCUCUGCCUGGCUGAGAGCUACGCGACGAAUGCCUUGAGCUGGAUGGACACGGCCAAGCUCGUGACCAUCUCCCUCUGUUGCCUUGUCAGCUUCGCCGCCGCCGCCGCGACUCGCAAACCGCUGGGUCAGCGAAGAGCCAGAUAUCGAAGAUACCUCGCAGGCGGCGCUGCGGUCCCGCCUUUCUACGGCACCCCUCCCUAUUUCACCCCGGACGUGGUGGACUCCUUCGUCCCCUCCCCACCCCCCAACUUCUCCAAGCUCGUCAACCGCCAGCACGGCCCCCGCGAGCGCCGGGCGUCCCCCUCCACUCUGCCCGGGCGCCUCAACAGAGCCCUCUGCCUCGGCACGGCCCCCUCCCUCACCAGGGCAGAUUCUGGUUACCUGUUCAGUGGAAGCAGACCGGCCUCACAGUACAAAGACUCAACAACCUCCGAUUAUUUCUCCUUGAAGUCCGGAAGCCGUCCCUCAUCCCCGGGCCCCUCUCCGACGCCAUCCGUGGCCGGGUCAGUGACGUCCAGUUCAGGCUCUGCCCGACAGCGCCGGCCCCUCAUCAGUCCAGCUCGCCUCAACAUCAACGGCCAGAAGCUCCGUCUCUUCUCCAGCGAACCAGAACCGAGGCUCAUGUCUCCGCCCCCGUCUCCGUUUCCGUCCUACGUGGAUCCGGCCCCAUCCGUUUACAGCAGCUGCCUCUGUCCUGACCUUUCUCCUUUCCAAAGUCAAAAUGACUUGUGCUCCUUGAGGAAAGACGGCAGUGUGAUUGAGGAGGAGGAGAAACGGAGCAGCUCCUCUGAGUCGUCUGCGUGCCAGGUCGGCACAACAACACAAACUCCUGAGGGCUUCACUCCUCCGAAAGGUUUUGUGAAGCGUCUCAUCUGGCCAGGCCUUCUGUUGAUGAGCCUGACAUCCAACCUGCUGUUCAUCUGCUUCUAUACGUACCACAACUGGAGAUGAAGCCUCCUCCAGCCUGCUGCUGCUGCUGCUGCUCCUCAUGAACUGUACAGAGACUGAGCCUCGUACUCAUUUCACCCUCAGAGGAAACCUGUGCAGUUCUGUUCCCAGGUGCUUGAUAAAGAGGCAGAUACCAGGUGACUUAUUUCCAUAACAGACCUCUGAAAACGUAAGGUUCAAUCAGUCACUGUUUUGACCCUCUGCUUCUCACACAGGUGGCUACUUUUGUUUUAAACCGAGUUGCUCGGAUGUUUGUAGGCGUUUUUUUUUAGCACAUCGUUGGAAAUGUGUGGUAAAGGUUUUGAUCAGCUGAUCGAGGGGAAAGUUUGUUCCCUCCCUGACCAGACGUACGUUUCUGGCGAUCGACAGACAAGAACAGAUAAAAUAUGAGCCAGCCUGAUUUGAUUCUGGUGAAACGUGAAUGCUUUUAAAAUGUGUGAAGAUUACUGGUGUUUUUCUGUUUCCUGUGUGAAUUCAGCUGCAGACUUCCRGGUGCUCUCCUGUUGUCCAUGUUGGAGUCAACAUUCUUAACUUUAUGUUCAUCUGAAACACACAUCAGUCAUUCACGYCUGAACUGUUGGGUUUUAUUCCGUUUAUCAGUAUUUUAGUUUUCGUUUGUCGUUUAUUUUAAUUCCUGGUUCUAAAUAAUUAAUUUUUAGCUUUCUGGCUCCAACUGUAAAAGUGUCAAAAGCUGUCAGCGCGGUUAAACUCAUUUUGCAGGACUUUAUAUAAAUUGUUUAUCCGCAGUGUCACACGCGAGGAAUGUUUUCCCUGAACAAUAUUUUUCACUUAUUUAAAUGAAAGUUUGAGACGACUGCUUUGUUUUCUGUUUGUGUGAAUUUUUGAACAUGUCAUUUAGGAAAAGUUCUACAUUUUGGACUCGUCUAAGUUCUGGAUUGUUGACGAUUGUAUGUAGAAGUUAUUUAAACUGGAAAUAGAAGUUUGUGAAGCAAUUUAAACUUGUUACUGAAAAACAUACUUUUUAAGACAGUUAAACACAUCAUUAGGCAGCCUUCUCAGWUUUGAAAGUACUGUACAUAUCUAUYCAUUUCUACUCUAUGUAACUUCUGUAAAUGUUCUCUUCUCAGAGGUUCAUUAAAUAAACUUGUUAUAUUUAAAGAUGAAAAGAUUAUUUCACUCCAGUAAAACUGUUUUAAAUGGGGGGAAUAAAUAAAUUUUUAAGUCGAUAAAGUGACAUUUUUAGUGCACAUUUCUGCAACAUGAAGAUCAAAAAUGGUUUUAGACUCAUUUAAAAAAUGAAAUUGCAAAAUAAACGCUUUAUGCUCUAACAAUGAUCUUAUCUGUGACAAAUUUUAAAAAUAGAUUACAAUUUUUAAAACGUGUUUUUAACGUUUAAAAAAAGUUUUGAUAAUUUUUGGUGGAUGUUGAUUAACGCGUGUUUGUCGCCCCCUUGUGGCGCUGAUGUAAAACUGCAGCUUCACUGGAGCAGUCUACGAAUAAAUUUGGGUUUAUUUGAGUCUUUUGGCUGAAUGAAAACAUUCACACAGAUGGUGAUGAUGCCUCAAAAAUUGAAGUCCUCUAAAAAUGUUGCCAUAGCAACCAAAUUUGUCAAAAUGAUGCAUUCUAAUAAACAACUAUAAUUUUGAGAAAA